AUGCCACGCAGCGCACUCGUGUCUAUCUUCGCGGUGACCCUACUCCUCCUCAUCUUGCUCGUUCCCGCUCCGCGCGCCGCUAGUGCAUCGCGCGGCCCGUUCGUGCGUUCCCGCGGUCGAGACGCCACCGACAGCUGGCAGCGCGUAGUCGACAGAGACGAUCUUAGCGACGUCGAUGCGCGAUUCGGAUCGUUUGAGAGCUCGCAUUUAGAUGGAUCGGGUAUGGCGAGACGCAGCGCGGGUGAUUUGAUCGCGCGCGGCGUGGAUGCGACGGAGACAGCCGAGGGGCGGAGGUCGUCGCAGGAGCCGCUAGCGACGACGUCGCACGCAUGCGAGCGGCGCCCGGACAUGCUACUAUCGCGGAUGGAUGCGAGGGAGCCGUCGCGGCGGCGCGGCCUGAGCAUGUCGUUCCUGCCGCGCCACCACCCUCGGCGCGCGCCCGGCACGUGCUGGAGCCGAACCGAGGCGAAGAUGUACUGGACGGCGGUGAAGGUGCGCACGGAGGCAUCGUUCCUGGAGGCGCUGGUGGAGUACCGCAAGAUGCAUGCGCGCUGUGUCAACGGCGUCAAAGACUGGGAGGCCUUCUUCCGUGACAAGGACAACGGGCAACACCCCAAUGCAGACGUGGAAGGCUGCAAGUACCUCUUCUGGAUGGCGCCCGGCUAUGCGGGCCUGGGCAACAACCUAAUGUCACUGAUAUCAGCCAUGACGUACAGCCUGCUGACCAACCGCGCCAUCAUCCUGGCGCCCGGCACGGACGUGGCGUCGUUCCUCUGCAACCCCUUUGACGACUCCAACUGGGCCAUCCCCGCCCGCCACUACAAGUGA